AUGCGUGAAUAUAACACCGACACUACCAGCGAUGACCUCCUAAAUGACCUUUCUGGAGACAUUAAGGGCAAGGUUGUACUAACUACUGGCGUCUCUCCCGGUACCUUGGGAGGCUUCUUUGUUGAGACAAUUGCCAAGGCUCAACCUUCAACGCUGAUUCUUGCUGGUCGCAACGAAGAGAGGACACAGAAAACCGCCAGUGCAAUUCAAGCAGCCUAUCCUGAUAUCAAGAUCUAUACACUUCAGCUUAAUCUUAGUUCUUUAGCCGCUGUUCGAGAAGCUGCCGCCACUGUUAACUCUUGGCAACACACCCCUGUUAUUGAUGUCCUUGUAAAUAAUGCUGGGUUAAUGGCGACCGAUUUCUCUUUAACCGUCGAUGGAUACGAGACCCAGUUUGCAAGCAAUCAUUUAGGGCAUUUCUUAUUUACGAACCUUAUUAUGGAAAAGCUCUUGGCCUCGAAAUCUCCUCGUGUCGUUAAUAUUUCCAGUGAUGGCCAUCGUCUUAGCCCCAUCCGAUGGGCUGACUAUAAUUUUAGUAAUGGCGAAACAUACAACAGAUGGCGUGCAUACGGCCAAUCAAAAACAGCAAACAUACUGAUGGCGAUUUCUUUGGCGGAGAAAUUAGGACCCAAACACGGGUUAACAGCUUUUAGCCUUCAUCCAGGUGUUAUAAGUACCAGUUUAGGCGCGCAUCUUGACUUUUCGGUCGAAAUGGGUGAAUUGGCGGCUGUCGAUAAAUCUUUGGGAAAUGCUGAGGGAUGGGCGGAGUUCAAGUGGAAGACCCCGGAGAGAGGAGUGGCUACCCACAUCUACGCAGCUUUUGAACCCAGUCUUAAUGAGCGGAACGGCGCAUACUUGGAAGACUCACAUGUUGCGGAUCCAUAUACAAAUACCAUUAAGCCAUGGGCCACAAGCAGUAUCGAGGCUGACCGUCUUUGGAAGCUAAGCGAAAAACUUGUUGGUAAGGAGUUUCAGUACUAA